GCCUGGAUGUGAAUGGAACAACGCAACGCUCUGCUGAGGCUCCAGAAGAAGAGCUGGAAAAAAAAAAAAAAAAACAGCAAAGAUGGUGCGCGCCAUGCAGCACAGCCCCCUGCUGUAGGUCUGCACCGCGUCGACACCUCGGCUGCAUUUAUGGACGGGACAGCUCGCUUCCAGCCCACCACACCAGCUCUCACACUGAGCUCAGCAGAGCCGCGUCCAGCGCGUGAAUCGGGUGGAGCGCGUCUCUCUGCGUGGAUCCUGUUGAUUCCUGCCUGCAGCUGCUGAGCACAAGAAUCCCUCAUAGACAGAAAAAAAAAAAAAGAGCCUGGUGACACAAACGGCGCUGGAUGGCAUUUCUUCCAGGAUUUAUUAGUCAGCCUGAUUCAGUUUUUUGACUCUUUCUCUCCCUCUGCACCUGACUGGAGACCCUGUGGGAAAACACAGGGCUCCAUUUCGCUGCUUUGUGUCCCCCCUGCUUGUGUCACAGUAGAGUAGCUCGUGAUUUUUCUUGUUUUUCUUUUUUCUUUUCUUUUUUCUUUUGGUGGGUUCAUUACGGGAUUCAUGGUGGGAGCGUUUUCCCUUCAUCAAUGUGCAUUGAUGUAACAAAAAACCGUGGAGGAGAUAAGAACCCUUAUCUCAGAAGCUGGGACCCUUCACACGGAUUUCAUAAAGGGGCUUUCGAUUUUACCUAAAUCGGGAAUUAUACAUCCAAACUGGGAUCUAUGAGCGGCAAAGUGGCGAAGCCUAAAGAAGACAAGGAUGCUUCCAAGGUCCAGGAUGAUGCUGCCCCAGGUACCCAGGAGUACAUUAUGUUACGGCAGGACUCCAUCCACUCUGCGGAUAUAAGAAGUAAAGGGUCCCCUUUUCGUGCUAAGUGUCACGAAAUCUUCUGCUGCCCGCUGAAGCAAGUUGUCCUCAAAGAAAGCGCAGAACCUGAAGAGCCCCAGCUGAAGGGGAUUGUGACGAAGCUGUACAGUCGACAAGGCUUCCACCUGCAGCUGCAGGCGGAUGGAACCAUUGAUGGAACAAAGGAGGAGGACAGUGGUUACACCAUGUUCAACCUCAUUCCAGUGGGCCUGCGAGUGGUGGCCAUUCAAGGGGUGCAGACCAAACUCUAUCUGGCAAUGAACAGUGAGGGCUACCUCUACACAUCAGAACACUUUACAAAUGAGUGCAAAUUUAAGGAGUCAGUGUUCGAGAACUACUACGUGACAUACUCGUCCAUGCAGUACCGGCAGCAGUCAGGCAGGGGCUGGUACCUCGGUCUGAACAAGGAGGGAGAAAUCAUGAAGGGAAACCACGUCAAAAAGAACAAACCAGCAGCCCACUUCCUUCCUAAACCUCUAAAAGUGGCAAUGUACAGAGAGCCGUCUCUCCACGAUUUGACAGAGUUUUCCCGCUCCGGCAGCGGCACACCUACCAAGAGUCGCAGUGCCUCAGCUGUCCUCAACGGAGGCAAAGCCGUGAGCCAGAACGAGUCGACGUAGCCUGGUAGCCAAAACCAGGCCAGGGGCCGAACCACGAAACCUUACCUCUUGCAGAGCGUGAAUCUAAGCAGACUUGUGUCUCUGAUCUAUGGUUCAGGACUAGCUACAACAACAAUCCACACRUAAAAACACCCAGAUGCCAUCAUUACAAACUGUUAGUUUUCAUCCUGGUCAGUAUUCAUCCAAACAGCAUUUAUAGCAAGAAACUUAACAGCACACAGGUCAUUUUUGACUCAGAAAAAAAACUAAUUAAGAUUUUGUUUUGGGCUUAUUAUUUGUUUAUUGGGGACUCUCUUUUGGUAGAGUUUGCAUACCGGAUAACUCAUUUUAUCUUGUUUUUUAUUUCUUACAUUUUUCUUAAGGAUUUUUGUUUGGUCAUGAAGACACRUGCAUCAGUCAGACAGGGACAGGAAGUGAGAUUAUGCAGGUGUUCUGGGCAGCCAGUGGUGGCGCUUGUCCACAUGGCUGAGUCGGUAGAGUUAAAGGCCCUGAUCUCUGUCUCAUUCAUAUUCCUGUGAAUGCAAAGCCUAUAAACUCCCUGGUGUGGCACAGCCUUGUUCAACUGGCCAGCCAGAUGGUAGCUCUCCUGUGUCCUAGUGCACACGCUCAAAGACUGAGCUCUUUAGCAUGGGGGAAAUGAAGCCUAUGUUUAAAUGACCUGAAACGUAAAGGGCAGUGUGGCUUUCUUGCAGUUGUAUUUCUUUACUUUAGUUUUUGUGUCAGAGAUGCCACAGCUGCUCCUGGUUUUUAGCUAUUUUUUUCUGAAUUACCUGAGAGUCGUUUUAUUUGAUAACUAGUAUUGUUUCUGUCCCUUCUUGUUCUUUGCCCUCACCAUUGUUAAUUAUCUGUAUUUCCUUUGUCAUUUGAAGAUGGAAUGCAGCAAACCAAAGACAGAUUGAAAGAGUGUCCCUUUAAGCUGUUGAAAAACAUGCCAACAUACAGUCAAAAAGAAAAGGUGGUGCAUUUUUCCCACUGUACAGUUGCGAUGAAGAGGAGCAAGGAUUUUGUGGAAAAAUAAAAAUAGAAAAAGAAAACAAAAAAAACUAUGGCUAUAGAACGUGAUGGUAGCAGCAGGCAUGAUGUUGUGCUUUUUUUCUGAUAAUGCUCAGUGAUGGAAGAAUGAAACGACUUAUCAGUGUCCCCAUUUCCUUCUGUUAUCACUGUCACGUCUUUUGCUCUUGUCCUCGUGAUUUGUUUCCUCUCUCUGUGUUUGUGUCAUACUUCGAUUCUUUUUUGUCCACCUCUAUUGGCUGACAAAGCACACCAUUAGAAUAUGGUGGAAGCCUGUUCCCAGGUUGCUUGUUCUGUGUUUGAGUAACUUCUUGUGGUGACAAUAUUUUCUAUAUGGGGGGGAAAAAGGAAUACUGUGGACUUUUAGGUGGCUUAACAUUUUAUAGCAAAUGUCAUAUUUAUAAAAGUGAGAAAAAGUCAAAAAUAUAUAAAAAACAAAACAUCUUCCCUUUCUUGCACAGGGCAUGUACACAAUUAUGUACAAAAAGGACCCUUUUUGUGGGCUGUGUACUCUUUCCUUCAGCUACAUAACUUAUUUCUGGUACAUGCUUUUGGAAGACUUUCUUUUCUUGGUUUCCUCUGGAGGUGAUUUGUCUUUGGUGGAACUAUCUGUUGCAUGGGAGAAAGCAGGGAAAUACUGGAUUAGAGCUGCAUGAUGUAGGCUAUGUGUAUUGCCCAUGUUGGAUCAUGUGUUCCAAACUAUCAGGCUAAAUCUGAUAAAACAACAUAAACAGGCAGAUGUUGCAGCUGCCUGAUGACUUCCAGUUGUUUAUUAUUUGUUGUAUACACAAAAAUGCACUGAAUAAAAUGUUUAUAUUAAGAUAUACUUUUAAAA